AUGUGCGUGGGGAAGUGCAGCCGGAUCGUGGGUCCCUGCCUGCUGGCGCUGGGCAUGCUCUCUGUAGCAGCCAACAUCCUCCUGCUCUUGCCCGGUGGGACAUCGAAGUACCUGGUGGAGGGGCACAUCAGCAAGCACGCCAAGGCCAUGCCAGGCAUCUGGGGAGGCGGCAUCGCCGUGCUGCUGGCAGCGACCCACAUCACGGCGGUGGGGUGGCGAUGCGCUGGCUGCUCUGACUGCGGCACUCGUCGCAAUGCUUUCAUCUCCGCGGUGCUCUCCAAGCUGGCGCUCCUGGGCGCUGCCGCCUGCUUCGUCCUCUCUGGGGUGGGUUUGACCAAUGGACCCCUCUGCUUCUACAACGCCUCCGAGUACGGCCAUGGGCAUGGCACCCUCUGGGGUUACCCCUUCCUGGACGCCAGCGGCCAGGAGCCUGACACCAGGUGAGGCAGCAGGAACUACCUGCACGAUCGUCGCACCUGGAGCAUCUGCCUGGAACCAGCGGGUGUCGUGGCCUGGAACGUCGUCCUCUUCUCCCUCCUGCUGCUCGUUAGUGCCACCGAGAUGGUGCUGGCCUCCCUCCAGAUCCUCAACGGCUGCCUCGGGUGCCUCUGCGGCUUUUGUGAGGGGAAGUAG